AUGGACAAUGAGUAUUAUUAUCAAACUAUCCCACCUUCAUAUCAACGAUCAUUAAUUCCAUUUACAAGAGAUCUAACUGAAAUUCCAGAUACUCAACGUACAAUGUAUAAAAAUAUAGAUAUAUUAAUUGCACCUACAUUACCUGCAUUACAACGUGGUGUAUUUGAAGCAAGUAAAAAAACAGGAUUAAUCAGUUCUGAUAUAAUUUCAAAAUAUUAUAUUAUGGAAAAUUCAGUAAUCCACUUAUGUAAAGACUUGGAAAAAUUAAUUUUACAAACUUGGACAUUUGGAGCAGAUUCAAGAAUUUACGCUGAACAAUUUAUAUUAGCUUAUGAUUUAGCAUUUGUUGAUUUACCAUUUUUGGGUAAGACUCAAAUUGAUGAAUUUGAAAUUAGAAUAUUGAAAGAUUUAUAUGUCGAUUUAUUUAGUAAUAGGAAAAUUAUCAAGAUGGCCUUGGGGAAAUGUCAUCAAAUUAUAGUUAAGAAAGAUCGUGAACAAUUUCAUCAACAAAUUACAAGAAUUGUAAGAAAUAAAUAUGGGUAUAAUAUAACUUAUAAUUCUGAAAAUUUUAGUAGUGCUUUAUUUACAUUAACUUUGUUGAUAUAUAUUGAUAAAAUGAGACCUUGUAUUGAACCAAUUAAUUUUGUAACCAAUAAAAUUAAAAGUAAAACAAGUAGAUUGAAAUUUAAAUUUAGAUUAUAG